UCAAAAUCGGAUUAUAAAAGCGGAGGGAUUACAGUUGGUGAAACUCAGUUGGUGUUUCUAUAAUAACUGACAAUGAAGGUUUUCCUCGUAACAAUCUCUCUGUUUGUAGUUUGUUCUGCCCUGAAUGGUAGUUCCACGCGGUACUGGGAUUGCUGCAAGCCAUCCUGUGGAUGGAACGGCAAAGGACCUUUUGUCAACAACAAGCCGGUUACGACAUGCGCAGCCGAUGGUGUGACACCUGUAGAUGUUAAUGCACAAAGUGGAUGCAACGGAGGAAAUUCUUACACUUGCAACAAUAACCAACCAUGGGCUGUCAACAGUAACCUUGCAUAUGGUUUCGUUGCUGGCCGGAUUACAGGACAAUCGGAAUGGGACUGGUGUUGUGCUUGCUACGAAUUGACCUUCACUUCCGGUCCAGUUAGUGGGAAGAAAAUGGUUGUUCAAGUAACAAAUACUGGCGGAGAUCUUGGUGAAAAUCAUUUCGAUAUUCAAAUUCCUGGAGGUGGAGUCGGACUCUUUAACGGUUGUCAGUCCCAAUGGCAAUCCCCUGCUGACGGUUGGGGAGCCCGAUAUGGAGGUAUCAGCAGCAGAGAUCAAUGCAGUCAACUUCCAUCUCAACUUCAACCAGGGUGCCAAUGGAGAUUUGAUUGGUUCCUCAAUGCUGACAAUCCAUCCUUUAGCUUUACCCAAGUUACAUGUCCAACUGCUAUCACUUCCAAGUCUGGAUGCGUCCGCAGCCAAUAAAUUUGACACAAAGAAAAAUCUAUUUCCAGGACCAAGUGAACAUUUUUACUUUGUAAAAUUGAAACUUUCUCAUCUAAUAUUUGGAAUUAAAAAGAUCGUCUAGCGAA